AUGACCUCUUGGAAAAAUCUCUUAUUGAACAACCUAUCAACGCCUGGGGUGUCCACAUUUCAUCUUGUCAACGUGGAUUAUUUUUUAAGUGUUGUUUUUAAUUGAAUUGAGCUGUAUAUUUAUUAACCAAAAUAAUCUAAUAAUCCGACAAUCAAAAUGCUGAAACUUGAAGCUGUUUCUGUAGCCAUUUGGGUAGCUUGUGGAGUUAUGGUUCUGUGUCGGGCUAAUGCCCAGCAAUGUAGCAUCAAAGUUCUCAAAGCUUUACCAAUUUACACCAGUUCCAUAGAUGUCACACUUACCGUCUCAGAUGUUAAUUGUGAAUUCAGAAUGGAAAUCAGAGACAGACCGGAUAAAACAACAGACUGUAAUCAAGAUCAGGAAAAUAGACAGUUAAUUAAGUGCAAAAUUGGGAAUUUGGAUCCUGGAACAUUGUACCAGCUGAAUAUAAUAUCAAAGACAGAUAAUACUCAACAAAGUGUCUAUCUGCCAACAAGACCUUUAGCUGUGCAAAAGGUUCAGGUAGACAGACACAUGGAUAACCUUAGUCUGUCCUGGCAGCCUGGCCCAGGAAGAAUGGAUGAAUUUCGAAUUCUGCUCAGAGAUACCAAGUCUCAGGGCUCCAUCUGGAAUGUCACAUUAAACAAUGUUACAACUUUGUACCAAAUGACUGGUCUGAUACCUGGACGUCUCUACAAUAUCAGCAUCAUCACAGAGGGGGCAGGGUUACAAAACUCUGUGUCUAUGCAAGCACAAACAGUUCCCAGUACCGUCUUUAAUGUCAAAACUGAGAACAAUGGAAGUCAGACAAGCAUCACAGUCUCCUGGGAUCAAGCUUAUGGUGAUGUGGACAGUUACCUGGUCAAACUGCUGUAUCUAGGUUCAGAUAUGCAGGAAAGAAAUCUGACCCAAGACACCACAAAAGUUCUGUUUGACCACUUGAAACCUGGCUGUACCUACCAAGCUGUAAUCUAUACCAGGAGUGGUAAUCUGAGCAACCAGGUCAAUGUGACGGGCACAACGGCUCCAGGUGAAGUCUCGCAGCUGAAGAUGAAGAACCAGACCAAUUUCGGUGACUUGAAGAUUAGCUGGGUUCCUGCUGAAGGAGAAUGGGAGCAGUAUCGUGUAAUGUUAUACAACAGCAGCGAGGUGCUCCUUAACAAAACUGUGGAUAAAGUGGCAAAUGAGUUUAGCUUCUCUGGGCUAAAUCUACAGCCAGGCAGACUGUACAAAGCUGCAGUAAGUGUGGAAAGUGGAGGGCAGGCCAGCACCGUCUACUGCAAUGCAGGAAUAGGUCCACCACCUGUGUCACAGCUACACAUACGACAUGCAGAUGAGACCUCACUCAGUACAUUAUGGAACCACAGUUCAGGAUCAGGGUCCCGCGAUGGCUACACUGUGGAGCUUUACUACGCUAAUGGAUCCACAGUCAUUCAGACCCGGAGAAUAAACCGGGAUAUGAGAGAGUGUACCUUUAAUGUGCUUAUUCCUGGCUGUCUGUACAGGAUUGUUUUGCUCACCACCAGUGGGAAUCUCCGGAGUUCUGCCUCAGUAACAGGAAGGACAUUGCCACUUGAAGUGACCUCCUUGAAGUUAAGCAAUAUGGGCACCAUAGACUCUUUGAAUGCCACAUGGGACAGGCCUCAAGGAGAUCUGGAUUCUUAUCAAGUACUGCUCCUACACAAGAAUGAUGCUGUGCAUAAUAUCACUGUUCCUUCAGAUACAACGUUUAUUCACCUGCCCUCUCUAAGAGCUGGAACUUUAUAUACACUGUUGGUUACUACUCUCAGUGGUGACCAGAUUUCCAAGCAGGCUGAGGCCAACUGCCACACAGUGCCUGCAGCUAUUGCGGGAGUAACAGUCACUAACAAUGGGCGCCCAGACUUUCUCAAUGUCUCAUGGAAAGCUGCACCAGGAGAUAUAGACAGUUACCAGGUCAUCCUAAAAAACAGUGAAAGGAUUGUGCACACACUCACUGUAACCAAAUUAAGCUCAGAAUUCAGCAGCCUUGUGCCUGGACGACUGUACACCAUUUCUAUCAGCACCUGCAGUGGCAUUUACAAAAACAUCACUGAAAUGCAAGCAAGAACACAGCCUUCUCCAGUGCAGAACCCCACUGCCAUCCACUCUGCCCAAGAAAACGUUCUGAAGGUGUAUUGGAACCAUGCAGCUGGGGACUAUGACCAUUACAAAGUUGCAAUCCUACACAAAAACACUCUCCUUCAGAACCAGACAGUGAACAGGAAUCGAAAUGAGUGUGUGUUUGGUGACCUGGUACCAGGGCGUCUCUACACAGUCACUGUCAGUACCUGGAGUGGAGAGUAUGAGUCCAGCAUUUCCACUGAGGGAAGAACAUUUCCCGCAGCAGUGCGCACCUUGACUGUGACUAAAGCAGACACCACUAGUUUGUGUGUGUCCUGGAACCCUGCACCGGGUGAUGUGGAUCACUAUGAGCUCCAGAUUCUUUAUAAUGACACACCAGUUUUCUCACCCAAGCAAGUAAACAACACAGCACAAGAGCAUUGCUUUACUCCGCUGGAACCGGGCUUUCUCUACAAAAUAGUGGUAUCCACUAUCAGUGGGUCCUACGUAAAGGCUCAGGUCAUUGACGGCCGCACAAACCCCAGCCAGGUUACAAAUCUUCAGCUCAUCCCUGGGACCCUUACUGGCAGUCUAAGAGCCUCAUGGAGUUCCGGAGGAGGAGACAUGGACUUCUAUACAGUCUUUCUGCUCCAGAAUAUGCAAACUGAGCUGAUACGACGUGUCCCAAAGCAAGACAACAAGACAGACUUUGAAGGACUUGUGCCUGGUCAGCUUUACACAGUUACUGUACAGACAGUGGCAGGAACACUUACCAACAAUAAAACCAUCAGUGGACGAACACUUCCUUCACCAGUCAAAAGUCUUCAGGUAGACAGUGAGCAUACCACAGACAGCCUUACAGUCAGCUGGGAGGCAGCAGUUGGUGUGUAUGAUGGCUACAGUGUGCAGCUGUUGGAUGAGGAUGAAGCCACAGUAGCCAAUGCCACAGUGCCUGCAGAGACCAAAUUUUACCUGUUUGAGGGUUUGAUCCCAGGAAAAGAAUACACUGUCUAUCUCAAAACUCUCAGCAACUCUACACACAGCAAGGAGGUCACAGCAAAAGGACAGACACGUCCAGAUGCUGUGCAAGACCUUCAUUUGCUUUCCAACAAAACAGGUGAGCUUGCUUUUGGCUGGAACGCAUCUAAAGGCUGGGUGGAUUACUAUAACCUUCAUCUAUACAGUGAGGAUAACACUCUUCAGGAUCACAGAAGGGUGGGGGCAGGAGAACAACGCUGCACUUUCCCUCACCUGCUACCAGGAACACGUUAUAAGCUGGUGGUGAUUAGCAAGAGCAGAGGAAUGAGCAGCGACACCUUUUUGUGGGCACAUACAGUUCCUGCUCCAGUCAGGGACUUGCAGGUUAACCAUGAAGGACAUAUGGACAGUCUCCUGUUGAGCUGGAGGCGUGCUCCUGGUGGUCUAAGUGGAUACGUCAUCUUUCUGGGAGGCUCCGGGCAGCCAGAGCAGAGACUAGGUCCUGAUGAAACUCAAGCAAUCUUUCAUAAUCUACAGCCAGGUCGAUUAUAUACUGCUAAGGUGCUCAGCUGGAGUGAAGAUCUUACGAACAUUGCCACAAAAGUAGGACGCACAGUUCCCGAACCACCAUUGUCUCUGUCCCUUAAAGACGUCGGCCCCCUUGGCACAGUGGAGGUGAUCUGGCACACUCCAGCCAAAGGAGAUUAUGAUGACUUUGAAGUUAAGUGGCUGCCAAGAGAUGCACUGCUUGUGUCCAAACCAAAUCCGACAAGACGAAUCUUGACUGGACUUUACCCAGGCAGAGCAUACAACAUCAGCCUGGUCAGUGUGAGUGGAGGAGCACCAGGGCCUGUGACCCACAGCUCACCUGUCUACCACACCAUCAGGAUAGCUCCAGCAGAGGUUCAAAGCAUCCACUGUCAUCCUCUUAGCCCCACUUCUCUCUCCUGCUCCUGGAAGCCACCAGCAUCGGAUUACAAUGCUUAUUUGCUAGAAUGCAGAAAGCAAGGAGUUAAAGAUCCUGUGUACAAAUACACACUGAGUGCAGAUGCCCUGUUUCAACACUUCGACAAGCUGGAGCCUUUCAGGAACUACACAGUCUCUGUCACAGUGAUCUCUGGAGAUAAGAAAGGCACAGCUGUCCAGGAUAGUGUAGUCACCAUGAUCGACCACCCGCCAGUCCCGCCCCCCAUGGUGCGUGUUAAUGAGAAGGUUUCCCACAUCACCCAGUCCACCAUUUUCUUCAAGUUUAACUGCAGCUGGUUCAGCGACACCAAUGGGGCUGUUCGAUUCUUUGCCAUUAUUGUUGCAGAGUCUGAUGGUGUGGAACCUGUGCUGCCAGAACACAGACAUCCUUUACCCUCCUACCUAGAAUACAGGCACAACAGCUCUGUGUUAGCCUAUCAGACCAACUACUUCCAAAGCCUCUGCGGAGAUGACACCGAUUCAAUAAAUCAGUUGUUUGAGAUCAACCUCGGGGCUGGAAUGGAUCGUCUCGGCGGAACGUGUGAACGAGAUAUGGAGUUCAGACAGAAUGGAAUCUAUUACUGUGAUGGUCCUUUAAAAUCCGGAACGGCCUACAGACUAAGUGUUCGAGCCUUUACUCAACUCUAUGAUGAUGAGAGUAAAGAGUUGUCUAAUCCUUUGUUCAGUGACACCUACCUUUCACUUCCACUCCGAACACCAGCAGAGCCUUUGGGAGGCAUUGUUGAGGGCAUUAGCAGUGGCUUGUUUCUCAUUGGAAUGAUGAUUGCUGUAACUGCCUUGCUGAUCUACAGACAGAGAGUCCGCAAAGUAGCUAUGCAGGAAAGCCCUCUAGUGAGGAUGAGUAUGUGGAAGGACAUGCCCACCUCUGGAAUGUACUUGGGAGUCAGGAGCCCCAUCAAAGCAAUCCACUUUGAAGGCCAUCUUGCUAAACUUCAGGCAGACUCCAAUUACUUUUUCUCAGAAGAGUUUGAGGACCUAAAGGAUGUGGGGCGUAACCAAACUCUGGAUGCAGCACGUUUACCCGAGAACCGCUGCAAGAAUCGAUACAACAAUAUACUGCCAUAUGACUCAACCCGGGUGAAACUUUCAUGCUUAGAAGAUGACCCCUGUUCAGACUUUAUCAACGCCAGCUUUCUUCCAGGAAAUAAUUUCAGGCGGGAGUACAUAGCCACACAGGGACCACUUCCUAACACCAAGGAUGAUUUCUGGCGUAUGGUUUGGGAGCAAAAUGUGCACAACAUAGUCAUGGUGACGCAGUGUGUUGAAAAGGGCAGGGUAAAGUGUGAUCAGUACUGGCCUAUGGACAGGGAGCCAAUGUACUAUGGUGAUCUUAUGGUCCACAUGCUAUCUGAGUCUGUCCUGCCAGAGUGGACAAUCCGUGAGAUCAAGAUAUGCUGUGAAGGUCAAUUGAGUUUUCCAAGAAUAGUCCGUCACUUCCAUUACACAGUGUGGCCAGAUCAUGGUGUGCCUGAGUCAACACAGUCACUAGUUCAGUUUGUGAGAACUGUAAGAGACUACAUCGACAGGGCACCAGGUUUGGGCCCUACAGUGGUCCACUGUAGUGCUGGAGUUGGUCGUACAGGAACCUUCAUUGUGCUGGACCGUGCUCUGCAGCAGCUGGAUAAUCGCGGCACUAUCGAUAUUUAUGGAUGUGUGUUUGAUAUACGACUGCAACGCUCUCACAUGGUCCAAACUGAGGGUCAAUAUGUGUACAUACAUCAGUGUGUGCGUGAUGUUCUAAGAGCCAGAAAACUUCGAUGUGAACAGGAGAAUCUGCUUUAUCCCAUUUAUGAGAACUUUAACCCUGAGUACUUCAGAGGUUUUGUGUAUACUGGGCACUGAGCAUUGCUAUAGAAAGGACAUUUAUUGGAGCACUACAGUAAAAGCAUUUAUUUGUGUAGAACCUUUGUAAGAUGUACCCUAUUUUUAAAAAAUAUAAAGACAUUUUGUAAAAUGCAAUAAACAACAACAAUUGGUCAAUCAAUAAGAACCUUUUUUAACUGACAAAAGUACAAGAUGUACAAUGUUUUAAUUGUUACAAAUUUAGAAUUUGCACACCAAAAAAAACUUGGGCAGAGGCAUGUUUACCACUGUAUCACCAUUUCUAUUAGAUUUUAAUCAUUUGGGAACUGAUGAUACUAAUUGUUGCUGUUUUGCAAGUGAAAUUUUUGCCAGUUCUUGCAUGAUACAAGACUCAACAGUCAACAGUGCUCAACAGUCUGUCUCAUUCUUCUGUUCAUGAUGCAUCAUACAUUUUAAUAGGAGACAGAUCUGGCCAGUCAAGCACAUAAAGAAAUGCUGUUGAGUCACAUACAGACUUGGGGAAAAAACACUUUGCCUUGAUAACAGUAUAUGUCUCUCUAAAAUCCCAAUAUAUGCCUCUAUGUCACUGAAACAUCACACAUAUGCAAGUCCCCAGGUCAAGUCGAUUAUAUUUUGUAUAGCUCUUUUUACAAUAGACAUUGCCUCAGCAACUUCACAACAUCCAGGACCGAUAAACCAAAAACCUUAAGAGGAAUCAGACUCAGCAGGGACCCAUCCUUCUUGGGUGGCCUGGAGGAGUAUUUUAAUGAAUUAGAGUUAAACAAAUCAACCAUAAACUAAAAUAAUUUUGCACCUAUAGCUGAUAACAGUCUGGAUGGUCCUGUUUAUCCUUGCCAUGGAGAAUUACCUGAGACAAACUUGGGCCCAAUGAACUUGGCAACUAAUGUAUUUAUAUCUCUUUCCAUAAUAGUGUUCCAGGUUGCAUUUUUUGAUGCAGCGGCAGACUGUAUUAAGUGACAAAUGUUUUCCAAAGUACUCCCAAACCAAAGUGGCUGUAUUAAUUACAGUAGCAUGAUGGUCAGAGACCACAGACAUUCCAGCCUUGCCAUACAUAGACUGAGAUUCCCAAGAAUUCUCUGUAUCUUUUCACAAUGUUUUUAUUGAACUGAUUGACAAUUCCCUCAAAGUUUGGCACAAAAUGAUGAGCUACAACCCAUCUUUGCUUGCAAAGACUGAGCUUUUACUGGAGCCUCAUUUUAUACUCAAUCAUGGCAUUUGUAUUUAUAUUUACAAUAUACAAUCAGUUAAAUAAAGGUUUAAAAGAAUUAACAAAUCACAGAUUCUUAGUUUUUAUUGCAUUUUACAAAAACAUUUCUAGGAAAUGGGGUUUGUAUUUAAAUGGUGACAUUUACUGUUUAUGAAUGUUUAUGCUUAAUGAAAUUAAACAUUAUACAAGUUGCACUUACCAGUGAAUUGAAUAAGGUUUAAUCCAGUAAAAGCAGGAAUAUUGUGAUGGAAUAUUGAUUUGUUAAUAUUACAACCAAAUUACAAGCAAAUGUGUAUUGAACAGCUGAAAGUAUGAUCUCGGUAUAAACAGAAUCAUAUUUGCAUAAAUAUAUAACAUGCCUAAUUCAGCCUACUGUAAAAGAAAGGAUAAAACAGGUCAUUUACACUGCCAGCAUUGUCUUUUCACUUUUUGGCCAUUAAUCUUUACGAAUAUAUUGGGUUUUUUUUGCAUGAUAGUUUAUCUACCUUACAUGAAAUAUUAUGGUAUUUAAAAAGUUAAAGGCUGACAUGCUGUAGCUAAAUAAAGAUAGAUAUUUCUGUGACAUACCCAACAGUCAAAUAAUAUUAUGUACUGUGUUAUAUUUUUGUUAUACUGUGUUAUAUUUUGUUUAAAGCUAAUCGAAAUACAAUCAACAUUACAUUUAGUAAUAGUUCAUUACUGUAAUAAGCUGUGCAUUUAUACUGUUGUAUUUUGAAUGCUGUUGGGCUGCCACUACCUCAUACAACAAACAUUUGUACCUAUUACUUUGCCUCAAAAGUCAACCUCAAAUCAGUAAGGACUGAUUUUUUUCAUUUUUUUCAUAUGAAUUUAAAAUAUUUUUUAUGUUUUGUCUGGUCAACUUAUUUUAUUUGUAAAUCUACAUCAGUUCAAGAAUUUCAGGCCUGCAACACAUUCCAAAAAAGUUGGGAUGGUAGAGCAUUUAGCCACAACAUUAAAACCACUGACAGGUGAAUAACAUUGAUUUUCCCAUUAGGGGUGGGAUACAUCAGGCAGCAAGUGAACAGUCAGUUCUUGAAGUUGAUGUGUUGGAAGCAGGAAAAAUGGGCAAGCAUAGGAUCUGUGUGAUUUUGAAAAGGGCCAAGUUGUGAUGGCCAGUAGCGUCCACUAAUUUGCUGGUCUUGUGGGGUUGUGUUCUUUCACACGUACCAGCUACUUGAACAUUGUACACACAUAUUUCUCUAAUGCCAAAGGGACAUGUGCUGCUGCAAUCAUCUUAGUGCCACAGGACAACUUCAGAGGUCUUGGAGAUGCCUUAAUGCCUAGAUGGGUUAGCCCCUUUUUGGCAACACAGUAUUAGGCAGGUGGUUUUAAUGUCUGAUCAGUGUAUAUUUUAUUACAAACAAGAAGAAUAUGGCAUGAUCAAUAGAUCUACCUUAUUUGGCUAGAUUAAGGCCCAAUUGUGCCAUGCCGUAGAAUCAAGCUAGCAUAUUACUGAAAUGUGAUCACAAAACCCGUUUUAAUGACAUUGCAUUAUUUAAUUAAUUUAACCAUUCAAGUAAUAAAUUCAAUCUGUUCUGUAAAACUUUUUUUUUAUAAAAAUGUGUCUUUAUAAUAAAAACUUUAAUUCAACUAUUA